ACCCCAUGCAAACAAAAAAAGGCCUACACUCUACAACCAAUUUUACGUGCCAAUACACACAGAAAAACAAGUCAGAUUAUUUUUUUCUUUGAGGAAGAUAUUGCAAGAGUACGAUCGAGGAAGAUGAAGAGACAAGUAAUGAUCUUUGUUAUGUUAGUUGCCUUUUUUGUUGUAUUCUUGGACGUCAAGCAAGUUGAAGCAAUGAGGCCGUUCCCAACAGCUGCCGAUGAGAUCCGGUUCGUGUUCCAAGCACUGCAAAGGGGUCCAGUCAGCGGGUCAGGUCCAAAUGGUUGCACCAACAUUCCCCGUGGUACACCUAGGUGCCAUGGUUGAGUACUGACCGGGCACUUGAUUCUUCUUCUUGAAACGCAACCAGAGAUUCUUGGAUUCUUUAUUAUUGUGAUAUAUGUAAAUUUGUUUCUACUAGAAAUCAUAGCCGAAAACAAUAUUAACCUUUUAUACUUUACACCGCAAUGUAAAUUUGACAAAUUAAAAAAAGAUGGUGUACCCACAUAUAUGUUUUUUCGUCAGUAAUUAAUAACCAUUAUAUUAUCAUAAU